AUGCCGACAACACAGUUCUCCGUCCCCGAUCCAUACGCCUAUCAGAAUGGCUUCGACUCUUAUUUCGGGUCUGAAGCCGUGCCCGGUGCUCUUCCCAUCGCUCAAAACUCGCCUCAGAAACCACCACAUGGCCUCUACGCUGAGAAGCUCUCCGGCACUGCCUUCACCGCGCCGCGGCACGAAAACAAGCAAACAUGGGUCUACCGCAUCCUCCCAUCCGCAGCCCAUGCCAACUACCAGCCUAUCGCCGAGGACACAUACCACACAUCGCUGAGCAGUGAGAAGAACAGAUUACACUACAUACCCAACCAACUCCGCUGGAACCCGUUUGACCUGGACGAGAAAGUGGACUGGGUGCAUGGCUUACACCUGGUCGCUGGCGCCGGCGAUCCAACCGUGAAAAGCGGCUUGGGGAUAUUGCUGUACGCCGCCGGCAAGGACAUGGGUAAAGAGGCAUUUUACUCGGCCGAUGGCGAUUUCCUGAUUGUGCCUCAGCAUGGCGUUUUGGACAUUCAGACAGAAUUGGGCAAGAUUUUGGUCCGGCCGAAUGAGAUUUGCGUUAUUCCUAGGGGUGUCAAAUACCGAGUGACGCUCCCCUCCGGCCCUGUGCGUGGAUAUAUAUGUGAACUGUAUCAAGGCCACUACCAGCUCCCUGAACUCGGACCCAUCGGCUCCAACGGUCUUGCAAAUGCGCGCGAUUUCCAAACGCCCGUCGCGUCCUUUGACGACGAGGAAGACGAAUCAGAGUAUCAAGUCAUUAGCAAAUUCAACAACGACUUGUUCUCCGCCAAGCAGAGCCACACACCCUUCGACGUCGUCGCCUGGCACGGAAACUACUACCCAUUCAAAUACGACCUCGGCCGCUUCAACACGAUCGGCACAAUCUCGUACGACCACCCUGACCCAUCAAUCUUCACCGUCUUAACAGGCCCGUCGGAUCAUCCCGGUACUGCGAUUGCGGAUUUUGUGAUUUUCCCACCCCGGUGGCUUGUCGCUGAGGAUACGUUUAGACCGCCAUGGUACCAUCGCAAUGUCAUGUCUGAGUUUAUGGGCCUAGUUGCCGGCGACUAUGAUGCCAAAAUCGGUGGCGGGUUCAGGCCUGCUGGUGCUAGUCUGCACAAUAUUAUGAGUGCCCAUGGCCCGGAUUCGGGCGCGCAUGAGAAGGCGAGCAAUGUCGAGCUCAAGCCGCAGAAGGUGGGUGAAGGGAGUAUGGCAUUUAUGUUUGAAAGCUCCCUGAUGGUCGGUGUUUCAGAAUGGGGGUUGAAAACGUGUCAGAAGGUGCAGAAGGAUUACAACGCAGAGAGUUGGGUGCCGCUGAAGAGACAUUUUGUCAAUCCACUUAAAAAGGCUUAA